GUGAGAUUCGGGUUCAGAUCCGUCGGUAGGGGAUAGUGUUAGUGGCUGUACGGCAGAAGUAGUUUAAAUACGAAUAACACACUAACUAUAAGUGGUAGUGAUACCCAGGCUAUAUUUGGUUUAGAGGCAAAUAAAUACCAGAGUAUGGCUUGGAUAUCAAGAGUUUUUACAUUAUUAUUUAUUGCAAUACUUGCAUGGUUUUAUGGCUUCACAAAAGAUUAUCUUACGCUGCCUAUAGAAUACAAUGGACCACCACAUAUACGGGACCAAAUAGCGCCAUUCCCUGGCGAUUCUAUAGACAACCUUUGGUGGUUUAUACAUAUAUCAGAUAUUCAUAUAAGUAAAUUUAGAGACCCAAAGAGAACACCAGAUUUCAAUCAAUUUUGUGAAGAAAAUAUUGAUAUUAUCAAACCAGCUCUGGUGCUUGUAACAGGUGAUUUAACUGAUGCCAAAACUGCUGAUAAUAUGGGAUCCAUGCAAUAUAUCACUGAAUGGCAAACAUAUUAUAAUAUUUUAAAACGCACAAAUGUUUCAGAGAAGACAACAUGGAUUGAUCUCAAGGGAAAUCAUGAUGUUUUUAAUAUUCCAUCUUUGAAAAGUGAAGCCAAUUAUUUUAAAGAGUAUUCUACUACAGGUAGACAGGGAGAACAAAGUCAUUUUUUAUAUCAGCAUAAAUUACCAUUUGGUACCUACUCUUUUAUUGCUUUGGAUGCCACUCUAAAUCCUGGACCAAAGAGACCUUUUAAUUUCUUUGGGUUAUUUGAUAAGACAUCAUUUACUGCAGUUGAAAAAUUAAUUCAGCGUUCUGAACACAGAACAGUAUUUGCAUCACCACCUGGUUUGGCUCAUCUAAUGAGAUCCGGUAUUGCAUAUCUGUGUGGUCAUUUACACAGUAUAGUUGCUCACAUGGAAGUGCAGCAGAAAACAGGUUUAUUAGAAUUAGAAGUGGCAGACUGGAAAGACAACAGAGUGUAUAGAGUCAUGGCAUUUGACCAUGAUUUACUUUCUUUUGUGGACACUAAAUUUGGACAGUGGCCAAUUAUUUUAGUGACCAAUCCCAAAGAUGCUAGGUUUUUAUCUGCCCAACAUGAACCAAUUGGUAGAAUGCUGUAUUCCACUCAUAUUCGGUUUCUAGUAUUUUCUCCAGAACCCAUUUUAUCAACCCUUGUUGAAAUUGAUGGGCAACCCUUAGGAGCAGGCACACAUGUAGAUGGUCCAUUGUAUGUGUUACCAUGGCAACCAAUGAAGUAUCAAUCAGGCCUUCAUACAAUAAGUGUCACAGCAAAGGAUACUGGAGGUCAUGAGUCAAAUAUAAAAUACUAUUUUUCACUUGAUGGCAGUCGUCCACUACAGUGGUUAAUUCCGUCUGUCAUUUUACUUGGAGACUGGGUGCUAAUAAUGAAACUACUAUUUGUUGUUGUUUAUUUUAUCGGUGUUUUGUCAUUACCAAUCAUCAAAAGAUUUACAAAGAAUCAAAUCAAUCAAGGUCUACCGUAUAGAGGAUUGACGAGAGAUAUUAUCAUGUUAACGCACACCAAAAGUUUAUACUAUCCAUUACUGGUUUCUGGCGUCUACACAUCAUUAGGUCCAUGGUUUAUUGGUGAAAUCAUUGAUGGCUCUAUAGGCGUGAGUACAUUGUAUGGAAUGUAUGUUAUGGGUGUUUAUCUACCAGAAGCAUUCUCUUAUUGUACUGCUGUUCUUGAUGUAAGUACUUGA